AUGACUGUCAUAUGCUGUGUUGGGAGUGGCGUCAAAUAUCAGACACGUGCCGUUGUCUUUGAGCGCAUUAAACACAAUACAGUCAGUCGACGAAUGGAGGCAGCAGGUUCUACUCCCACGAAGUCGUUUUCUAGAUUAUCUUUCAUCCCAAAAUCGAAGAAAUCGAUUUGCUUACUGUAUGGAGAGCAUAUUGACAACGCAGACAAGCAAAGAAAGCUUUUUGACGAUGGAGUGAAGACACAGGUCUGCAUCAAUCUUGAUAGGAUCUUCGGUCUUGGUUCACGUAACCUAAGAUCAUGCCCAGUUUUAGCAGCUUCCAUACAUUCUCUCUCACGUGGUCGCGCUCAAAUUGAGCCUAAGACAGUCUCUCACGGCAGUGCUCCUGCGGCCAGAUUUUGGCCGCAACGCUGAUUAGUCUUAAGAGCAAUGCCAGACCAUCUGAUUGGCUGUCGGAAUGACAGGAAGUAGAAAGCAAUAAAAUCCUGGCUAGUAGUCAUAGAGGGUCAGAAUUAAGCCCCGUUGGUGCCUUUCCCUGCCUUCCGUAUGCCUUCAUUUUAUUAAUAUGUAUAAGUGUCUUCCUGCAUUCUAAUUUAGUGCUUUCCUGCAUACUAGUGUAGUGCCUUCCGUGUGCCUUCCUGCAUACUAAUUCGGUAUAGGUUUAUUAAUGAGUGUCUACCUUAUACAAUAGGUACAAUAGGCUUGCCCAGGCUUUCCCGGUCUCUUUUAACCCCGAUUGGAUCGUGUAGUGUCUAUUAUGUCUUCAAAAUAAAAGCGCGCUCGCCUUUCAGAAUUUCAUUCUUGUAAGUUCAGUUUGCCCGGGAAAAAGUAUUACUAUCACCAAUAUUUUUUAAAACAUCGCUCCAGACGUGCAAGUCGAAUCGAGCGCUACACCUCUGCUGACAGAAGAUAAAGCGAAUUCCUAUACUGCCCCGAGAAAAUGUGCUUUAUUUUUGCCCCUGCUUCAGAAUGGAAAGAGGACAUAGAGUGGAUCGCGCGUCAUUCACACUCUGGUGUGAAAAAAAAACGUGCAGCUUUGUUGGUAUUUGAUUGUUCUAACAAGCUAGCAUUGAGAAAAAGUAAACAGGCUUGGAGCAAGAAUCGUAUGUUUCUGACAUGCUACAAAAAGGAGUGUAACGUUUUCAUGUGGAUAGACCAGGCAAUAUCGCAUGGUAUCAAGGAGCAGCUAUCGUAUUCACCUCAGCCACAGGUCGCAAGAUUCCAUCCUUAUGAAGAGGUAAAGGGGAUGUUGAGAAACGACACCAAGAAGCUAAACAAAAAGCAUCUAUUCAACACCAGCGUCAAACACGCGAACAUGACGAACGGUUUUUAA